AUGGCGACAGGAUUUAUGAGCUUAUGCGACCAGAUUUUAUCAGCAUCAUCUCCCUAUACACCUUAUGAUGUAUCAAAAAAACCGCUCAGCACUUUACUCAAUGAUAUGACCCAUUAUGUGGCUACAGUUGUUCAAGUAGACAACGGCGACGAUUCAAUUAUUUAUGGGCUACAAAUACUUCUCUUGAGUGAUGUAGAGCGUGUUAGAGCUGCAUCACUCCGUGCACUUCGCUAUUCAAUUCAUCGUACGACUAUUUUUGAUAAGUUUCUUCAGUAUCGUCUUGAUUAUCUUGUUUGCCGGUCUCUUACAAUUGAUCUACGAAAUGCUCGUGAACGCUUAGAAGCAUAUAAAUUUAUUCGUCGUUUAUUUCUUUUAUACCCGCAACGUUUACCACAUUCGUUUGUCUAUGUUCUUGAUGCUAUUGUUGCAUCAAGUCAUUUUAUAUCAAUACCACGCACCGGAAAUUCAACACCUAUCGUACGAUCUGAUCAAAUGGUUAAGUGUUGUCUAGAAUUAUUGUGUGAAAUAGCCCUACAAAAUCCACAUAUACUACAUGACUGUCAUGCAAUAAAUACCAUGUUAAAAUAUAUAGUUGAUCUUGAACAAGAUGAACUUCGUGAAAGUGUACUUUAUGCAUUAUUGCAUGCAGUUGAUCGUUUUACUAUUAAUGAUAAUAGUGAGCCAACAAUGAUAGAUUCUGUCGAUCCAAAUGGUCCGGCUUUGGUACUGGUUGAUGAAGGAAUGCGUGAAAGACAUGAGUUAAUUGGAAAUAUGUUUAGUCAAUUAGUGGCGAUUUUUUCAUUAUGUGAAAAAGGAACACUGAAAACUGGUGAUCGUCGUGGAAUGACACCAGCACCAUUAGAUAGCUUAGUUAUUAAAGAACCGGAUAAAUUGAAAACACUGAAAUCAUGUGCCUCAGCAAUGGCAACAAUAUUACAUAGUUGGAUCGGUUUUACUGCUUUUUGUCAAACGAGAAAUUCAUCCAUACGUUUACUUGUUAAUUGUUUACUUGUACAGUCGGAACCAAUGAAAAUGAUAAUUCUUGAUCUAUUUUAUGAUUUACUUAAUCUUGAUAUUCCACCUGUCUGUGAUAGCUAUGAAGCAGCACUAAAAUCAAUAUAUCCAAUAUGGAAUUUAACAACAGUGGAAGAAGGAUAUACAUUUGUAGCCUAUGAAGGAGCUGCUAAAUUACCGCGUUUAUCAUCUACAAGACCGAACUUGCUUGAUAGCCAUAUGGCAUUGAUGCUUCUUACUCUUAUUGAUGCUGGCUUCAUCGAGGCGAUUAGUGAAUUAGCGUCAAAUGAUAAUUCGAUAUUGUCGAUUCGUGCAACGCUACUUUUAGCAAAUUUUAUCUGGCUGUGUAAUGAAAAUCUACCUGAAGAACAAAGUUUUCUUUUGUUACCCUUAUUGAUGGAUGUUGCUAUCGCCGACGAUGAUAGCAUCAAGCGAAGCUUUGCUAAAGAAGCUAUGCUUAAUAUAAAUGCAUUUUUUGAAUUUAAACAACGUACACGUCACAUAUAUUCAUUUCAAUUAGCACAAUUAAUAUAUCAUUCGCAGCAUUUGCACGAUUAUUAUACAUUACCACCAAAUAUUGGCACAGAAUCAAAUCGUCGAACAUCAACACCAUCAUCCAAUGAUCCCUUAGUGGCGGAAAAAAUCGAUGCAAGUAUUCGUGAUACAAAUACAUUACAAUCGGAUAAUUAUAAAAGAUGGAACUGGGAUCUUAUAUUAGCUUUAUUAAAAGAUUUUCCAAAGCAAGCAAAUCAAGUUCAAGGAGAUCUCUAUGAACGAUUUCUUGAUAAAUUAUGUGACUUUUUCAAACCGGAACAAAGCGGUGGCUUUAACGAUAUUCUUUUAACUGAUUCAAUUUCCGAUGUAACUUGUCGAGCUUUAUUAGCAUUCUCUGAUCUUCUUAUUUAUCCGUCUCGACCCUCAUCAAAUCAUAUAAAAGUUAUAGCUAGUAAUAUAGCUCGAAUACUUUUAACAAGUAUUAGUGAUUCAUUGCAACAGUCAAUUGUUUCCAUGAGAGAAUGCAGUGGGCGUGCUGUAAUAACGGAACAUGAUUUAUUAUCAAAAAAUAGUGUAUAUUAUUAUUUAUUUCUUGGACGUUUAAGUAAAUCAUCCGUCGGUACACAAGCAUUAAUGGAAAGUGAUAUAUUUGUUCGUCUUUCGGAAAUGUUGAAAAUGGACGAUGAAUUUGCUACAUCAGCGAUUGUUGCUUUAUCUUCAUUUAAUUAUUAUUAUGAAAGUCCUUGUCGAACUUAUUUAACUCAAGCACUCAAAUCACAUUGCACGGCACUUCGUUUGUACAGUACAAGUCUACUUCGUGUAGUUCUUCGUUCAAAUCCAGUUGCAUUCGGUAGUUGGGGAUUAAGCCUUCUUAUAACACAAUUACAUGAUACUGAUCAACAAAUUUUAAUUGAAACAGUUUCAGUUCUUGAUGAAGCUCUUGAAGAUAGAAGAUUAGUAAAUUUAUUUCAUAAACUAUGGGAAGCAUUUUCUACAAUAAAAAAUGUAAGUGGCUUUCUAACACAAAUCUAUCAUCAGGUUACUGCACGUAUGAGUUCAAUACCGUUCAAUCAAGUUCAACAUGAUGACAAACACUUAUCAAUGAUACGUGACGAACUUGCAUAUUGGGAUACAACAUUUAAUACUGAAUAUGUUACUUUAAUUGAAACAAAAUUAUUUUCAGCAUAUUCUGGUGGUUCCUUAUUAACUGAUGAUUAUUUUGAAAGACGAAAAACAACGUCCGUAACAAAUAAAGCAAAAAUAAAAAGGUCAACCGCUCAUGUUUCAUCUCACUUGUAUCGACAAUUAUGUCUUCAUCCUGAAGGAUUUCGUCUAUUACGUUCAGAGUCUCGUCUAGAAAAAUAUGUUACAGAAUUAAGACAACAUCGUACGAAUUGCAUUAGUUUAAAUGAAACACGCGUUAUUAAAGAAGCACUUUGGACAUUAGCAAAUACCGCGAGUACCGAAUAUGGUUACAGUUGGUUUGUCGAAAAAGAUUUAUUACCAGAUUUUUUACGUUUUGCGGAAGAAUGUCAAAAUUUAUCUGUUCGCGGCACGGCAUUCUACGCACUCAGUUUAAUUGCUCAAACACCAGAUGGUGCCAUUUCUUUAAAAGAUUUCGGUUGGGAAACAUAUCGUGUUCGAUCUCAUUCGAUUCCACCAUCAGUCGCUAAUACUGAUACAUGUCAGAGUACUGAACGACGUAUUUCUAAAGGUAUUAUGGCAUCAUCACCACGUAAGAGUAUUUCAUUGCAAGUAACUCCACCAGGAAUAUCAACAAUAAACAAUCUACCAGAUAAUAAAACAAGUCUCAAUCUAAAUGAACCAGUCACAGCUGAUGCUCUACCAACGAAUCGAUUUAAUCUUCAUAAAGAUUCGACUUCAUCUGAUGUUAAAUCUAAACGAUCGUUCACUAUGCCAUCAUCAAUAUUAUUGAAUUCCAAUGAAAAAACCGAUGUUCUACAUGUUAUUAUACCCGAAGAAAGUGCCCCAGCAACACCUACCAGUAAUAUAGCAAUGGUAUCAUUUUCCGAUUGUCUUGAAACUGAUGGUCAUCCAUUACUUGUUAGUGUGCCCAUACGCCGUUGUUCAAGUAUAUCAAAAGAAUUAACAAAUGUAGCAACAUGUCGUGAUUCUGGUAUAGCAAGUGGAGCAACAGGGUCAUUUUCGGACUUUGAAUGUUCUCGUUCACCAUCUUAUCAAACAUAUCCCUCUCAUAGUCAAUCUCAGUCAGCAGCUGAGCAAUCAGCAACCGAUAGUUUGCCAUUAGAACGUUUUCGUCCACGUUCAAAAUCAGCUCAUCAAUCGAACGCAUUACGCCAAUCAAAACAAUUACAAAAAGUUCCAGAAGUAAUACAAGCAUUAAGAGCACCGACAGCUGGACUUGGCGCUGCAUCAGAACCAUCAGCAACAGAUGAAUUAUAUCGAUCACGUUUAUUACGUUGUAAUUUUCUUUUAAAACCAGAUGCAGCCGGUUAUGAAUAUGCACGACGUGUACAAAAAAUUAGUCAUGCAACAUAUUCUCAUUUAGUUAAUACUAAUUAUAAUGAUUUUUAUGCAGAUGAUAUGUUAUUAAAAGAAAAAAAAGAUGAACUACUAUUGCCCUUUCAAAGAUAUAGGUCAAAAUUUUAUAAAAAGAUUUAUGAAUCGCAUGAUGUACAUGAUCAACAAAUCGAUAAAUUUUUAACAGAUGAUGGAAAAUAUUCUUCUGAUCAACGUGAUCUAGAUGAUGCUGAUGAAGAUGGAAAUACUAUAUAUCGUGGUUUAGCUGUACCAGUUGAUAUUCGUCAGGUUGUAGAGAUAUCUGAUGGAUAUAAUUUAAAUUAUGAAACUUGGUCGGAUCUUGCUCGUUCUCGUUCACGUGGAAAUACAAAUGCUGAUCAAGCACGAACACGUAGUGCUACUGGAGCAUCAAUUAGUUCUGGAGAAUUCACAUCAACAUCACCUGCAGUUGGAUCACAAGAUCAGAUGAUGCCAACGACAAUAAUCGUUCCAACAAAUCCAAUGCCAUCAACGCCGUCGUUAAAUAUUUGUAUGAUGUGUAUUAAUAAUACAACUAGUCUUACAUCCCAUGAAAAUCCUCAUAUAUCUAUGCAAGCAGAUUUCGAUGAUGUCAAAUCAUUAGCUAGUCGUCUUAUUGCUGCUAUUCAUACAGAUGAAGUCGAAAAAAAACUGUUAAGUUGGAAAGAAAGUCGUCCACGAAUAUUUGAUAAUGUUUGUUUAUAUUCGGAAAUAUGUUAUAUAUUAACACUGAGUAGUGUACGUGUAUCGGCGCAACGUUUUCUUCAUGAUUUGUUUUCAGAUUGCCAAUUUGAAAAACUUCGUAAACGCCGUCGUCAAGUAGAUGUCUUACGUGAAGAAGAAGAUGAUGAUAGUUUAGAUACAAGUACAAGUUCACAAUAA